GCAUAUUCUACUAUACCUAUUAUAUACCACAUAGACCGACCUCCCAUUCUAUAACUCAUUUCUUUCUAUAUGUAAACUCCUUUCUUUCAUAACUCAUAAUCAAGAGAAAAAGCAGAUCCAAGGAGCCAUCUAUCUGAGUGUGGUUUGAUCUGUCAACCCAUCAAUCAAUCAAUCAAUCAAAUCAAUCACUCAAAAAAUCUAACUUUUUUGAAAACAUACAACAAGGGAAUCAAAGAAAGAUGUCCUCCUCAUCCUCAUCCUCAUCUCCCUUGUUAUUGGACCAAUUCCCUCCCUCCGAGCAGCUCUGCUAUGUCCAUUGCAACAUUUGCGACACUGUUCUCGCGGUGAGUGUUCCUAGCACAAGUAUGUUCAAGACUGUCACGGUUCGAUGUGGUCACUGCGCCAAUCUCUUGCCUGUAAACAUGCGAGGAUUGCUUCUUCCUUCAGCUAACCAGCUUCACUUGGUUCACCAAUUCUUCUCUCCUAAUUCCCAAAAUCUUGUGGAGGAGAUGCCAAGCCCCACCCCAAACUUUCUGAUGAAUCAGACGAACCCAAAUGACUUCGCCAUGCCAGCUCGUGGAGGACAUCAUGAUGAGCUUCCAAGGCCCCCGGCCAUUAACAAACCUCCAGAAAAGAGACAGAGAGUCCCCUCCGCCUACAACCGAUUCAUCAAGGAUGAGAUUCAACGCAUCAAGGCAGAAAAUCCUGAUAUUAGCCAUAGAGAAGCCUUCAGUGCUGCUGCAAAGAACUGGGCUCACUUUCCACACAUCCACUUUGGUCUCAUGCCUGAUCAGAGGGUGAAGACCACUAACGUGAGCCAACAGGAAGGAGAAAAUGUUCUGAUGAGAGAUGGGUACUUUGCUUCGGCUAACGUGGGUGUCUCUCCGUACUAACAAGUGAAGUUGUUAGUUUUUAGGUCUCUCUCUCAUUCUCUAAACUUGUAAGAGUUUUCAGUUUCUAAUUGAGGGCAAAAAAAGAGAUUUUGAGAGAUCUAGAUGCUAUAAAGUCUUUUAACAACUUUAAUUUCUUCCUAUCUAGCUAGCUAGCUUAAUUAUCUGCCAAUGAAGCUCUUUUAGUGUGUGCUUAUAUUUCACUACGUACUACAAUGUUCUUCUAAACCUUAAAUUUUAUGUGUACGUUUCCUUUGAAGACUUCAAUUAUGCAUAUAUGUUUCACAUUUCUUUCUAA